UUAUUAUUCUAUGGGGCCUACCGGGACAGGAUCCAUGGCGACGAGUCGAGCGGGUGUUCCACGCUUUGGGAAUGCUGGUCGGGUCCCUCUCAAUUUCGAUCCAUGAAAGUAGAAGAAGAUGUCGCGGGCGCAAUUCCACGACAUGCCUGCCGUGUGCGUCUUCAGCUGCUGAGCGCGGGGGCGGAGCUGGGCGAGUGUGCUUUCGGGGCCGAGCGCUUUCGUCGGUCGGUCGGUGGGUGGGGAUGGCGUAAUUCUGCGUUGUGACGAGGACUUGGAGAGAGGGCGUGGAUUCGGCCUUCGCGGUGACAGUCGCAGAGGAUGACGUGAUCAAAUCUUUUCAAUUGGGUGUCAGGGAAGGGAACUCGGGCAGUAAAUGGGGAAAUGAAUCCUCAGCUGCGGAAUUCUGCUGAAUUGCACGAAGCUGCCAGUUGUUCAGGUGCUCGGGUGGCCGCCGCUUGGUUUCUGCAGGGCUCGAGAAGAUGAAUUUCGACGGUACAAACUGGUUGCAAUUGAGUUUCGUGGGCAUGGGCAACAGAGCCCGGAAUCGACGCACGAUCUGGCUGGAAGAGAGUUUAGGUCUGCGGCAGCGAACGGAGAGUCAGCAUGGAAAUGUGGGAGGCUCUGGUCGUUCUAGCCGGAGGAGUGUAGCCAGUACUGACGGGGCUGCCAGUUGCGACGAGGAAGAUGAGGAGCACGAAGAUGAUGAUGAACGCGAAGUCAUUUCGGACUGCUCUCAUACCGAUGAUGAGGACGAUGAUGAACCAUCACGGUAUGGAGUAGAGCGUGGAGAUGGUUACGAUUCCGAUGAGAGCCCGUUGAAUGAACAUCCUCUGGGCGAAAUCAUUUACUAUCGAACUUCAGCCAGCCGUGAUUCGGCUAGAUUCGGUAGACGACGACCUCGUGAAGCUGUAAAUGUGUCGUAUAUGCUUGCUGGAAGAGAAAUCAAUGUAUCAGGAAAAUCCAACUUUUCAAGAGCUGAGCAGUGUCAUGUAGCGUGCAAUUAUCUGCCCACCCAUGGGCCGACCACGGUGGACGAGACCAAAAGCCGAGCAUACACAGGACAGUUUUCAGCUGAUGGAUCAUUGUUCGUUGCUGGAUUCCAGGAACAACGGAUCAAAAUUUACAAUGUAGAGAAAGGCUGGAAGCUUCAAAAGAAUGUUAUAUGUCGAAAUUUACGCUGGACAGUGACCGAUACCGCAUUGUCGCCCGACCAGCGUUUUCUGGUUUAUGCCUCAAUCAAUCCAAUUGUACAUCUUGUCAAUGUUGGGAAUGAAAGUGGAGGUGUCGAAUCCCUGGCUAACAUCACGGAUAUACACGAGGGAUUGGAUUUGUCUGUUGAUGAUCCAAGACAAGAGAAUGUCUUCGGCAUCUGGUCUUUGCAAUUCUCUCAUGAUGGUCGGGAGAUCGUCGCAGGUGCCAGUGAUAGAUGUAUCUAUGUAUAUGACAUGGAAGCGCAGCGAACAACUCAUCGUAUUGUAGCCCAUUCUGAUGAUGUCAAUGCUGUGAUUUUCGCCGACAGCUCGUGUAACGUAAUAUUUUCAGGAAGUGAUGACAGCAAGGUCAAGGUGUGGGAUAAACGAUGUCUCACACAAAGGACUGAACCUGCUGGCAUUCUGGAGGGUCACUUGGAAGGCAUCACAGCACUGGAUACUUUUGGUGAUGGGCAGUACCUCAUCUCCAAUAGCAAGGAUCAAACUUUGAAGUUGUGGGAUGUGCGAAAAAUGGAUUCAAGUACACCAAGGCACAGACUUCUGAAGAUUCCCACGUUUCGAUGGGAUUAUCGGUGGGGUGACUACCCUGGUCGGGGCAAGAACUUGAAGCAUCCAUAUGAUGUAUCACUGAUGACGUAUAAAGGUCAUCAAGUGCUGAAGACUCUCAUUCGAUGCUACUUCUCUCCCGCCCAAAGCACUGGUCAAAGAUAUAUCUACACUGGAUCAACGGAUGGGUUGGUUUAUAUUUUCGAUUUGAUCACGGGCAAGGUGAAGUCAGUACUCAACUACCACGAAGGACCGGUCCGAGACGUGAGUUGGCACCCUACGCAACCUAUGUUAGUCUCGUCGUCAUGGGAUGGCCAUAUCGCCAAGUGGAUGUAUUCACCCGACAUAGUUGCGGCGCCUCGUCGAUAUUAUAGAUCAUCAGAUCGUGCAAGAUAUGACGGCGACUUUGAUAGUGAUUGACAGUUGGUUUCUCGAAGGUCCACCUCGAAGAGGAGGUAUACAUAGAUACUUGUAAGAUGGUAAAAGUCGGUGCUAUGAAUUCAUUUUAUCAUUGGCGAGAAGAAUGGUGGAGUGAUGUAGGCACCUCACUCUUAAAUCCACAGAACAUUUAUGCAGCCGUAGUAAGAAUGGUGUAGGCAUAUCAGCUGACGAAAAGUCGACUUGCCCAUUGUAAUUGUGCGACUUGGCGCUUUUGUAUAUUAUUUGUCUUUUAGAAACUCGAGGAUAAAUGUCGAUAUCGUUCGUCGCCAGAUAAACCUCAACCUCCCUACCUUGAUCGCUCAUGGGCUUGUAAAUUACUCUCCGCCUGCUGUGCGUUUCUUCAGUUUUAUAAAAGUUAGUUCUG